GCGUGCGCAGAGGAUUUGGCGGGAAGUUCCAAGGCUUCACUUGUGCCGAUCAGUCUAGAGGCCGAGUUCAGAGGCGAUCGAUGAGAACCUUAGUCCCUGGCCCGCAGUCUUUUGACUUCCGCGUCCUCUCUGGAAAAAGAUUUCUGAGCAGGAGCUCAAGCGUGUCCACUUUUCUGAGGUGCUAGAGGAACCCUAGUGAGUGUGCGGGCGACAAAGUGUGGCUGCCAGAGCCUGGGCGCUUCGAGGCCAAGGCUAACAUCAAAAACAAUGAGUUUAAAACCGUUCACCUACCCAUUUCCAGAAACAAGGUUUCUUCAUGCAGGACCCGAUGUAUAUAAGUUCAAAAUCAGAUAUGGCAACAGCAUCAGAGGAGAAGAAAUAGAGAAUAAGGGAGUCAUCAUCCAGGAGCUGGAGGAUUCUAUCCGUGCAGUCCUGGCAAACAUGGACAACCUGCAGCCCUUUGUUACAGAACACUUCGUUGUAUUUCCCUAUAAAAGCAAGUGGGAGAGGGUUUCCCACCUGAAGUUUAAACAUGGAGAGAUCAUCCUGACCCCCUACCCGUUUGUUUUUACUCUGUAUAUAGAGAUGAAAUGGUGGGCUGAAGAUCUGCUUUCCGGGAAACCAGCAGGUGAUAUUCCUCUUGAGUUGGUCCUAGCUGAGAAGGAAGCAGAAGCCACAAUGAGGAAACGGAAACUCAUGGAGGAGCCCAGCCCCCCGAGCAGGCCAGGGCCACACAGGGCCAAGAUGGAGACAUCUAGUGAAGCUUCCAGCAGUAAGAAGCCUCUGAAGGAGAGUAAGAGGAGCAGGGAUGAAGAAGCCCAGCAGGAAAACCAGGAUCCCCCAGCGUCUAAUGCCGUUGCUGUCAAGGAGCGGGAUGCUACGUUGGGGCAUAGCCUGCCAGGGCUGGUUGUCCCUGCACUGCAACACAGCCAUCCACCACCACUGAAAGAGCCAGGAGCCAGAGGCUUCUUGGGGUUUCUAAGGGCUUUCUUCCCAUUCCGGUACUUCUUCAGGAAGAGCAGCCAGUGAGCCUUCCAGGCACCACAGCAAGGGUCAUGGCCAGCACAGAAAAGAUGUCCUCCUGAGCUACCACACCUCUUCUGCUUUUGUUUUCUUUUUUUCUUCUGUUUAUUGUGAGACAAGUGUUACUUUAUACAGCCCAGGCUGGCUUCAGUCUGUGCCUUGGCUCCCUGUGCACUCCCACAUGCCAUACCUUACUCCUAGCCCCCCACCCCCGUCAUGAGGAGGAGGGCACCGGACCGGGUCCACACGUGAGUUUAUCCCGUUGUUUGCCUUUGGUCUUUCCUAUCUAAACCACUAAGAACGAGACUGGAGAGAUGGUGGUAAUUAAGUGCAUACUGCUAUUGCUGAGGGCCUGAGUUUAGUUCUCAGGCCCUGCUUGCUUACCCAUAGCAAGCAACCUACAGCGACCUAUAGCUCCAGCUUUAUCAGGAUGGCCUGACACCUUCUGGCUUCUGCAGAAACUUGCACCUCCCACCCUGCACCCUCAUAAUUGGAAAAGCAAAACAAAACAAUUCUAAGAAGGGCCAUCAAGGGGGCUUGAUAUGUAAAGCACCUGCAACCAAACCUGACAACCUCCAUACAUGCAACAUGGCAUGCGCACCACACAGAAGAAAAUGUACUUUUAUUAAAAUUUCAAAAUAAAUAAGUAAAUAAAACACUAAAGAAUUCUACUGCCCUAA